AUGAUCAUAAACAAUUUAAUGUCCACGUGGAGCGCUAUUUCACGUCAUUUGCCCGUUUUCCGCACCUUAUUCAGUUAUUUAGAAAAUUCUACUACAGUAUUUCGCCAAGUAGCAUUUCGUAAAAAUUCGACAGGGCUUCAUAUGUCUUCGACACCCUUCUCUCCAAUAGUCCGUGUUGACCGUGGCGAGUUCUCCAUAACUCCAGCUGCAGUAAAUGAUUCACAACUGCCUAUUAAUUUUAUCGAUGAUCAUGCAGACACGAUUAGUUUACCAGCCACAGCGUCAACGGCAACUCAAACCGCUACAAGCAGUUCGCUUGCAGUGCGAUCGUCAAUGGCAAUAGAAGAAGUCGAUAAAAGAUGCUGGAUUUGUUUUGGCGAGGAAUCAGAUAGUGUGGGAAAAUGGGUUCGACCUUGCAAAUGCUCAUUGAUAUGUCAUGAAGAAUGUUUGUUAAAUUGGAUCACCGAAAAUCAAAAAGGUACUGCAUUAAAGAAGGUGCGAUGCCCUCAAUGUAGGACAUUUUAUCAUCUUGCCGAGCGAACAUCUCUUCUUUUACGCGCUUUUUCUAUCGUUGAUUCAGCAAUCCAGUCAUCGAUCCCAUAUUUUACAAUUUUUGGUGUCACAUUUGCUGUUGCGGUCACAAAUAUUCACUACGGGGCAUACGCUGUUAUCACGAUGAUUGGUGUCGAAGAUGGUGAGCGACUUUUAGAAGAACCUUGGAGUUGGAGAAUCUGUUUUACCCUCCCUCUUGUUCCUAUACUACUCAUAUUUUCCAGAGCCCGUAUUGCCGACCCGGUGAUGCCACUUAUUCCUAUGCUUUUUAUUAGAUAUGAUCAACUAAGAGUUACUAUGCCGCCUAGCCCAUCUCUUACGAUUUCACUUUUGCCAUGGGCCAGGAUUGCCUACAAUUAUUCAUAUAAUCGUUUAUUUGGUCGACUUGAGGCUACAUGGCGCCGGCAGCUUGAGCCUUACAACACUGCAAAUGAUGAAAAUGGCGAAAAUGUUAACGAACGACGUCGCGAAAAUCAAGAUGUAUUGGAUCGCUUAGAUAGAAGUAAUGCUGGUCGUAAGAUCGUCGGUGUCUUAUGUCUCCCAUUUAUUUCUGCCAUGGUCGGAAGUUUUUUCGGUCGUUUUUCUUUUAUUCGUUCACGCAUUCCUGAUACUUUUCAUCGCAAUAUUCUCGGCGGAUGUUUGUUCAUAGUGAUAAAGGAUAUUGUUAACCUAACAUACAAAUAUCAGAGAGCUAAGCAUCGACGUUCAAGACACAUUAAAAAUUAUGUAGAGUUUGCGCACGAAGAAUCAUCAUCUAAUGCUAGACA